CUAGACAACCACGUGACCGGCCGGGGAGGGGGGGCGCCGCCAAUGCCCACUGGAGAGAGAGAGAGAGAGAGAGAGAGAGAGAGAGAAGGCGCUUGAGCUCCUCUGUUCAUUCCCGGUUCUUGAAGCGCACAGACCGCAUCGCCGUGUCUUUUGUCGCGGCUCGGAAACUUUACGCGCGGCGCUUUUUGCUUUACUGCUCGAUUAUUAUUUUGUGUGUGUGUGUGUAUGCUUGUUUAUUUUUUUUUUUUACAUUUACAGGAUAAAUCCUGUACUUUGACCGGAAGACUGCAGACAUUAUAUCCUCACUGAAUUCUCAUUUCUUCCAGCAUUUCACAGUCGGGUUGAUUUUUUUUUUUUACUCCCCCAAGCUUUUUUGGCUGGAUUUACCGGAGCCUCCCCGACCUCCUCUAAUUCGGAUCUGCUUCAAGCUCUGAACAUUUGUAUUUCCCCGAGACAUGCUCGGGUCACACAGCCAUGCUGGUUAAAUCUUCACAUGGACUGUCUUGGUGGACGAGAACGGAAAGGCGCACGGACAGCAGAUCUUAGAGUCAGGUCGAGGAUGGUGUGUGGAUUUACAGCGCACAGACACCGGCGCGACUUCAGUGUCUAACGGAAGUUUAUUAUUAUUAUUAUUAUUAUUAUUAUUAUUAUUAUUAUUACAUCAAUUCAUAUGAAUACCCCAUUGGAACAGGUUGGGGUGUAGAAUAUAGGCUGUUCAGGAUAGCCUGUGUGUAUAUAUAUAUAUAGGCUAUAUUUUUUCUCUGCUGCUUAGUUUGUGGGUGGAAAACCGAAUUAAAAGACUGGCGUAUGGUACAGAUUGCCUUUGCUGCUCCCAGCUUUUGCACCGUCUCUCGGACUGCGCGGCGCCGCCUGGCCUCGGAUCCCGGGACCUACUUCAUGAUUUGCGGACGCCAUGCUCGUUCUUUAGCCGGGAGACCCUCUGCACGUCGUCGCGCAUGUUCAGGACCAGACGGUCGGGGCUCGUCCGGCGACUCUGGAGGAGCCGCGCGCCCGUCGACGGCGACGGGGAGGAGGCGGCGGACGCCGGGACGCACGGCGCGGGAGGAAGCGGAAGAGGAAACGGAAGCUUGUGCAUGGGCAAAGCGACCAAGGCCGCCGGUGGUGGUGGCGGCGGCGGCGGUGGCGGCGGUGGUGCGAGUGCGGAGGCCGAACUGAAGGCGCUCACGCACUCGGUGCUGAAGAAGAUCAAGGAGAAGCAGCUGGAGGUGCUGCUGCAGGCCGUGGAGUCGAAGGGCGGAGCGCGGAGCCCGUGCCUCAUGCUGCCCGGCCGAGUGGACGCGUACUCGCUCCCGCUGCUGCUCUUUAAGGUUUUCCGCUGGCCAGACCUCCGACACUGGUCGCAGUUAAAGCGGUUGCCGUGCUGUGAAUCCUACGGGAAGAUUAACCCGGAGCUCGUGUGCUGCAACCCGCACCAUAUGAGCCGCCUGUGCGAACCCGAAUCCCCUCCUCCUCCGUACUCCCGAUAUCCAGUGGACUUACUUAAGUCACCCGAUUCUCCGGGCUCUACACCUGCUUCCACUGAAACUGGGGGAACGAUACAUUCAGCCCCUGUGGGGUUUUCAGCAGGGUGUCCUGAUGCCCACGCUCGAGCUGACACACACGGGGAAGAAGGGAAGAAGAGGAAAAGCAAGAAUGAACGGAGAAAUUCCCAAGGUCUUCAGGAGUGUGGUGAGCACGAGCACUGGUGUGUGGUGGCGUACUGGGAGGAGAAGACGCGCGUCGGCCGCCUCUAUUCGGUCCGCGAGCCAUCGCUGGACAUCUUCUACGACCUACCUCAGGGCACGGGCUUCUGCCUGGGCCAGCUGUGCUCGGAGAGCCGCAGCGCACUCGUGCACAUGGUGCGGCCCAAAAUCGGCUACGGCAUCCAGCUGAGCCGCGAGGCCGACGGCGUGUGGGUGUACAACCGCAGCCGAUACCCCAUCUUCAUCAAAUCAGCCACGCUGGAUGACCCUUCAUCACGAACUCUGCUCGUGCACAAGGUUUUCCCCGGGUUCUCCAUCAAAGCCUUCGACUACGAGAAGGCCAAGAGCCUGCAGAGACCCAACGACCAUGAGUUCAGCCAUCAGCCGCGUGCCGGAUUCACCGUGCAGAUCAGCUUCGUCAAGGGCUGGGGUCAGUGCUACACCAGACAGUUCAUCAGCAGCUGCCCCUGCUGGCUCGAACUCAUCUUCAAUAACCGAUAGCCACAAGCCCCGCCCACUUCCCCCUUCCUUGACCACCAUGGACACGGACUGGCCCUGACCUCGUUUGGGACUUAUUUGCUAUUCUUAUUUUUUUUCUUUUUUUUUGUGACAGAGUGAGAAAAAAAGUUCUCCAGAAGAUUUUACGAAAGAAGAGAGAGAGAGAGUUAAAAAGAAGAAAGUAAGGAAAACCCAUGACGGGUUUUUAUUAAAGACUUUAAAAGAUUUAAUUAAGUGAAAUAAAGGUUCAAAUGUAUUGUUAUAUAUAAAUAUAUUAUUACUUGUAAAUACGAAGACGUUUUAUAUGCAUCGUUAUUUAUGUAUUGUGCAGUGUGUUGAUAGAAAUAGAAAAGAUGCACUUUGCUUAAUAUAAAUGCACACCGGAGAAAUGCCAAAAUUAAAAAAAAAAAAAAAAAAAGUAACAAAUCUAAUUUA